AUUGGCUGAAGUCCCAGCGCGGGUACCCGGAUAAAGGUGAGCAUGUAUAAAAGCCCGCUGGCUAACGGGUGUGUUUUCUUAGGCCAUCGCUGGACGAGACGGACGAAGCUACACCCGUUUCAACGUUUGUUUCCGAAUCAAAGUGAUACUUUGGCAUCAUGGCUGGCGGGAAGGCUGGUAAAGACUCCGGGAAGACGAAGACCAAGGCCAUUUCCCGCUCUCAGAGAGCAGGACUCCAGUUCCCGGUGGGUCGUAUCCACAGACACCUGAAGUCUCGAACCACGAGCCACGGCAGAGUGGGCGCCACCGCCGCCGUGUACAGCGCGGCUAUCCUGGAAUACCUGACUGCAGAGGUUCUGGAGCUGGCAGGGAAUGCAUCAAAGGAUCUGAAAGUGAAGAGAAUCACUCCACGCCACUUGCAGCUCGCCAUCAGAGGAGACGAGGAGCUAGAUUCCCUCAUCAAAGCCACUAUUGCUGGUGGAGGUGUGAUCCCUCAUAUCCACAAAUCCCUGAUCGGGAAGAAGGGCCAGCAGAAGACUGUAUAACCUGAAGUGCUCUGAACAUUGUGCCAUCUCAGGAGGAAGUCAGCAUUGAGUGUUAAAUGUCUUAGAUUAGGAAACUUUUCACUAUUUUUAUGGUUGAAUUUGUGUCUACUCACCUGGGGUAUUUUUAAAAAAGUGGCUUCAGAGAAGCUCUUUGUCCAUUUGCCUUUUCUGGUGUUGCAAGCGUUUGUGUUUAACUUGCUAAUGUGGCAUUCCCAUGUUCAGUGGUGUUUUAAUGAAGCUCUUACUGGGCAGGUUUCAUUUUUCUUAACUGGCUGCAGUAUGAAGAUUCAGAUGUUUGGCAUUUACAGUGGUUGACCUUCAGCAGCAUGUGGAAACGAUCCCAAACAUUUGAACGUGCGUAUGAACAGAUGCAUGAGUGUCUGAAUAACUUUAUCCUCAAGUUACCACUGCACAGACAUGACUGCGGCUCCCUGCAACUUCAUUUUCUGUAUUAAAUUUUAUGUGGAAAUGGUC